AUGUCUACUCAAGAACGAUCCCUGAUUUUGCCUCUGUUGUUUAUCUGCUUCUUCAGGGAGAGCUUCUGCAUUUGUGAUGGUACUACCUGGACAAAGGUUGGAUGGGAGAUUUUUCCAGAAGAAAGGCAUUAUUUGAAAGUUAAGCUUUCUCCAUCUCACUGUCUACCUUACCCUCUAGACAAACUAUGCUGCAAUUUUGCUAAUAUGGAUAUAUUUCGGGGUUGUUUACACCUUAUUUAUAUUUUAGUACAAGCUCUCUUUUUAAUCCUGUCUGUUUUGUCUGUGCAUUAUCUGUGGAUGAAGUGGAACAAACACAAAAAAAAGAAACAAGUCUCUUUAGAUACAGCUGGUAAUGAUCUAGAAAGACAGUCUGUUUAUAACAUUGACCAAAUACUCUGCAGACUGAUGGCCAUAACAUCAAUGAUGAUCAAGUACCUGAAUCAGAUGUCCCAUCAUCCUCCAGCUAAGGAAGUCAAACACCAAAAACUAAAGCGGAAGAAGAAUGAAGGAGAAGGAGCCAGAGGAUACUAG